UGUCAGAUAUUUUAUUUUAUUUACCUAACUUUAUUCCUCUGCCAUUACUAUCUGGAAAAGAAGAAUAAAAAGCUUAUGUAACUCCCACCCCAACAAUAGAACAUGCCUUACCACAUGUUCUUCCCUGUUUUUCCUUGUGCUAAGACUUUGCAGUUUCACUCAACCUUUGCUUAAGAUCUCGGUCAUCUUCUUCUAUGAUGGAUGAUAAAAGGGAAAAUGCAUCUUGAGAUUCAGAUUUAGUCAUAUCUACAGAGAUUACAGAGCUUGGUUUUGUGUUGUUGCUCUUUUGUUUUUUUAUUAAAGAGCAACAACCAUGUCCAUGGGAGAUGAGAAACAGUGUUGUGAGAUGAAGAACAAAAUGAUGCUAUUCGCUUUGCUGAUUAGGAGAAUCUUUGAUGAAGAGAAGGGUAAUCUUCUUCAGAGGCUAGAGGAUGCCAACAGUGAGAUUACAGAGCUGAAGAAACUGAGAAACCAAGAUGCAAAAGCUAACGAGAAGGUAAUUAGCAUAAUCGCGUCUCAAAAACAGAACUGGUUAAAGGAGAAAUACAGACUAAGGCUGCAGGUUGAAGCUCUGAUGAGGGAGCUAAGGAACAUGGAGAAGAGGAAGAGAACAAGCUUAUCUGAGUUGCAAGAAAGACUAAAAGAAAAGGAUGGUUUAGUGCAAUCCAAAGAUAAAGAAAUUGAAGAAGAGAAGCUUAAACGCCAAGAGGUAGAGGAGAAGCUGGUCAAGUCAGAGAAAGAAGUUCAAGAAUUGAGGGAAAUGAAAGAGAGAGAUGUGAAAGAACAUUCCUCUGAGCUAUGGAGGCAAAAGAAGACAUUCCUCGAGCUUGCUUCUAGCCAGAGACAACUUGAAGCUGAACUGAGUCGUGCGAAUAAGCAAAUCGAUGCUAAAAGACAUGAAGUUGAAGACUUGUCUUUAGAAAUGGUCAAGAUGAGAAAAGAUUUGGAAGCAAAAGAUCGAAUAUUGGCGGCUUUGUUGAAGAAGUCAAAACUGGAUAUAGCCGAGAUGCAUACAUUGCUUAUGGAGGCUAAAAUGAAGCAAGAUGAAGAUGAAGCAAAGAGUUGGAGAUCAAACUCAAAGUCAAGACGGUCACUAAGAAGCAUGUUUGCUUUCGAAACCACAAGUAAGCCUACUAAAACCAACAGUGUUGGUUCCAUUACUCACAUUGAUGAACAUGUGGAAUGGAAUAAAGAUCCUAAUGUCGUCCCAGAGAUCAUGGGUUCCUACUCUAAUGAUGAUUUCAGUGAACUUGGUAAUGGAGUGGUGCAUUUUGAAGGAGCCAAUGGAGUUGCAAGGAAGCGUGAGAACAUGAGUUUUGGUGAAGAAGAUUUUUGUAUAAGAGUGAUAGGGAAGAAGCAAGAGAUAGAGAUAGGGGUUUUGCCAGAGCAUGAAAAGAUUGAAGCUUUGUGUUUGCAUCUGAUGAACUCUGAGUUAGAAUCAAACCGGUUGAGAUCUUGUAUAGAAGGACAGAGCCAAGAAAUGUCACAGUCGAGACACAACAACACAAAAGUGGAAGAAUCUGUUGCUAUGAGGAAACAACAUUUCAAGACACAGCUAAAAAGCUUCAUGUCCCACAAGAACAACACGAGUUAUAGAAGAAAGAACACAAAAGCAGAAGAACUACAAGUGCAAGAAAGAGUAUUUGGACCAAAGGAAGGUUCUAAGGAACAUGCGACGGAGAAAGGAAGGGAAUCAUAUUCUCCUGAUGAACUGAGACAUUUAACUUUGAAAGCUGCUCAAUCUGAUGCUGAAGAAGAAUCUGAAAAGGACACUCUCUUAACAGAGAAUGGAAAAGCAGAUGGUAAGGAGGAGAGUGAGAGCCAGCCAUCAAGCACAAACAAUCCACCUUGGAGAAUGGAUCUUCAUGCUCUUGGAGUCUCGUUCAAGAUCAAAAGGCUGAGACAACAGCUGAUGAUGCUUGAAAGAUACAUCGGCAAACAAGAGAGCCAAGAGAUUGACAAGAUCAGCAGCAGUGAUACCGGGAAAAGGGCUUUGUUAUUGCUCAUUACACUGCUCAACAAACAAGUCACUAGGUAUCAAUCACUUCAAGAGAAGAUUGAUGGUAUCUGCGAAAAAAUGCAUGUGAACGACACAGGAAAGACAUCACUAGAGCAUUUCUUAGAUGAGACAUUUCAGCUGCAAAGAUACAUAGUGGCAACAGGACAGAAACUAAUGGAGAUCCAGUCCAAGAUCACUUCCGGGUUUGUAGAGGUUCUAGUAGGCUUCAUCACUACUGAAUCAUCCUCUGCCAGUAGCAGCUUUGAUCCAGAACGUUUUGCAGAAAGCAUUAGAAGUCUGUUUCAGGAAGUGCAGAGAGGGCUUGAGGUUAGGAUAUCUCGAAUCAUAGGUGAUCUUGGAGGGACACUAGCUCGUGAGGGAAUGAUACAUUUGAAGCGACGGGAAGACGGCGUUCAACGACUAUGAGUACCUACUACACUACAUGUAAAUCUUUUUUACAAUUCCACUUCAGCUCUUCUUACGGUUAAUGAGAAGCCUUUUAGGUUUUGUUUGUAUAUAGAAAUUCACUUAUUUUUAAUCGUUUUUUAGCUUUAGUCUCCGUAAAGAUGUAGGAAGAAACAUUCUCCAUUUCGAUAAACUUGUAUGUUCUUUACAUCAUAUAGUAAAAUCAUUAUUACUGAGUUUU